CUCUUUUGUACCUUCUUUUUCCACAAUAUACCCAAAAACAGUCUCUUGACCAAAGUUAUGACUUCUCCUAAAUGUAGAUGCGGAAGUACUUGUUCAAACAAAGAAACUAAAUAUGGUCCUAACAGAGGACGUUGGUACUGGACGGUAAGGAAUAGAUUAUUGAGACAAAGAAAAAAAAAAUCAUACGAAUUUAUCUUUCCAUAAUUUAGUGUCCUUCUCGACGUUGUGAUUUUUUUGAAUGGGAUAAAGAAGUCGGAUCUCUUUAUACAGAUAUAGUAUUUUCACCAAAUGAAAAUGAUAAAUCAAGACAUAACACAAACUAUAUGAUAUAUCAACGACGUAACCCUUUGGAUCUACAAAAUGGUACUUUUGGACAUCGAUGGACCAAUGAACAACAAAGAAGUCGAAAACCACAAAAAGGAAUGAUCGUGAAAAGCAAUGUCUGUAUAGCAUUAUAUAGUCCCAACGAUAUUACAAUCACCAGUGACGGACGACAUCGUACUCUUCAAACCAUCUUUUUCAAUAUUCCUGGUGUGGAGUGGAUCCAAAGCCUACAGCAAUGGGUAUUCUCAGCUGAUCAGCAAACUUACAAGCGUGUAUUGGAAACACUUUCUCGACAUUAUGGUACAUUUGACAUUAAUAGUCUCCCCGAUAUUGUAUAUAAACAGCUUCCUCUGACAACUGAGCAACUACUACUUGAACGACAACGACAGGAACGGCAAGAAAUGAAUUGGAAAAAGCAACGAAAGCUGAAUCCUAAUGAUGAUGAUGAUGAUGAUGAUGAUGAUGAUAAUGAAGAUGAUGCUAUGUUUGGUGACGAUGAUGACACAUUUGGCGACAUACAUAACCAUCUGGAAGGGGAUGAAAACAAUGAUGAUUGGAUGGGCAAUCAGGUUCAACAAAAUAGAAUUAAACAAUCGAUACUAUGGCAAUCCUUAACGGCAGAACAACAAUCCAAGGUAAAAAAAGGUGUACAACUUCAAGGCAAUGUAUAUAUGCAUGACUCUGCUGGCAGUGGCAAAUCUUUACAGGCAUUGGCUUUGGCUAUGAUAUAUCAAGAGGAUUGGCCUGCACUUAUCAUAUGUCCAAAAUCGGUAUGUUUGGCUUGGAAAAAUUUGGUUCAAAAGAUGUUAUCAUUGGACAGCAAUCAAGUAUAUAUUAUUGAUACAAAAGGGAUCUCUCUUUUAUUAAAUGGUACAAAGAAACGAUCACGGAAAUUGGAAGCAGAGUACUCAACCAAAGCAGCAGCUAUUAGAUCACGAAAACGACGGGAAAUGGUACGACUACGAAAAUCGAUGGGAAUCAACGCAGAAAGGGAAGAAAAUGAUCCAUCAUCACGGAAAAAUAAGGAGGCAUCAUCAGAGGAAUUAUAUAUCAGCAUCAAGGACGAUAGUGGGGAUUAUUAUUCGGAGGAUAACGACGAUGAUAAUGACAAUUUAUAUAUCAGCAUAAAGGAUGAUGGUGGUGAUUAUACUUAUUCCAAUGGCAACGAUGAUGCAAACAUGGAUUUUACAUCAAAAAGCGAAACCAAUGGAGCGAUGACCAACGAUACCAACGAUAUACCAAAUCCUGAAUCAGCACAAUUGUACAUUAUUGAUUACGAUAACAUGGCAGCCCAUAUACAUCAUAUUGUAAAAAAAAAAUUCAAGAUCCUUAUAUUUGAUGAUUGUCAUAAAAUCAAGUCAACUUUGUUACGUGGUCAUCGAUCUCCCGUUGUUCAAGUAGUCAAAGAAGCGAAGAAAACAAUUAUGGUUACUGAAACUCCAGUCAUUCCUCGUCCUAUGGAAUCUUUCGCUUUAUUACAACUCUUGAAACCUGCAUUAUUUGAAGAUCAUCGAUCUUUUGGCAAACGAUACUGUGAUGCGAAACAUGCUGUAUUUGGAUGGGAUUAUUCUGGUAAGUGGAAGGAAUGGAUGAUGGAUGAUUCUUUUUUUUUUUUUUGGAUAUUUGAUCAUUUAUUAUUGUUGAUUAUAGGCCAGUCAAAUUCUUUUGAGCUCAAAUUCUUAUUAGAUAGAACAUUACUAGUAUAGUGAAACCAGCAUCUUUUUUUUCAAUAAAGCAUUACUU